AUGUCGUUCUUUACAAAGGUCUCCACGGCCUUGGCCUUGUUGGUCACAUGUUCCUCUGCCUUCGUCUUGUGGCCUCUCGUCGAUACGGAAGGGCUCUCCAAUGUCCUCAAUAUCACUGCGACUUGCGUCACUGCGUUAAACGCAACCCUGGACUGCGACCAGGACCUCUACCAAUGGACCGUCAAAGCAGACAGCGUCUGGUGGACUGCAGAAAACACCACUCAGCUCUGCACUGAGAGCUGCCUGGCCUCCAGCCGGCAGUGGAAGGAGGACGUCGCCGACGUAUGCGUCGGCGAAUGGCUCCGCUCCGGCCGCAGCUACGUUGAGGCAGAUACUCUCUCCGGCCGCUUCGCCGAGGGUCUAGAGCUCGCGUGCACUCGCUCCUCAGCCGACGAGUGGUGCUUUGUCGAGUCGCAGACCUGGACCGGCUCCGACGUCGUUCGCCCGGACUGCGCCGCUACUCCGGCCGACCCCUGGUGCUCCAACCCGGGAAACGUGACGGCCGAGAAUAGUCGCAUGGCCAACCUUUACGACGAUGACCUGCUGUGUUCCGAGUGCUUCCUGAAGCUUCUGCACACCCGCAUCGAGUCCGAAUACCUCCCUGACGAGGACCACUCGGACUACCUCGUCGAGCAGUUCCAGGACAUCCAAAUUGUCUGUCAGACGACGCUGGCCGCCGACAUCUCAACGCGCAAGAUGCCCGCCUACCCGACGGCCUACGUUCCCACGCCAACGUAUGGAGCUGGGCCGGGCACUGUCACGGACACGAACCUGCCGAGGGACCCUACCGAGCUGGCCUGUUAUGCCGAGGAGAAUAUCCUCGACGUGCUGGUAACGACAAAAAGCGACGACUUCGAAGCUUGUAACGACGUCGCGCUGUAUAACGGUGUGGCAACGGGCUCUAUCCUUGUUACGACGGGUAACUCUGCGUGCUGGGUUGAGUCGGGAGAGGUGUGUGGCCCUGAGCCCUGCCAGCUCCUCCGUGUGCACGAGGGUCAGACUUGCGAAUCCAUCGCCACUGCUGUCUCAAAUGCGACGGACCCCGUCAACGGAGCCCAACUAGCAACCUGGAACCCAAACAUACUUGGCGCCUGCGACCACCUCGUCCCAGACCAGUACAUCUGCAUAUCGCGCCCUGGCGGCUCCUGGAUCCCCCCAGCAAUCGAAUCCCUCCCCGACAGCUCCGAAGGCCCCGUCCGCGGCGGCCCGGGCAGCACUCCGACCCUUGAAAUCAUCGACAACCCAUUGAUCCCCAUCGACCCCUGGCUGUUCCAGGAGGGCAUAGCCGCUGACUGCACGCGCUACGUCCUCGCGAGCGCCGGCGCCAACUGCUGGAAGAUUGCAAACGAUGCGGGCGUGGAGCAAUCCCGCCUCUUCGAGCUCAACCCCAUCCUCGGCGCCAGCGGCGAGUUCUGCGACACAAAAGUGUGGCGGGACUACUACUACUGCGUCGGCGUCAACGGCGAGGGGAGCCCAACGACCACGAGCGCCCCGCCCGCCGCCAUUACGACCUCGGCUGUCCCGAGGCCGACGAACACGCAGGCGGGACAGCCCUCUGAAUGCAACAAAUGGGUUGAGGCCCAGUCCGGCGACGGAUGCUGGGCCAUGUACACGGCGGCCGGCAUCGAAGCGUCGCAGUUCUACGCGUGGAACCCAGUCCUCGGCGCCGCGGGCGAGAACUGCGGGACGCAGAUCUGGCCGACAUAUUUCUACUGCAUCGGCACCAGCUCGACGUCUUCGCUGGCCCCGACGACGACAAAGGCAGCGGACCCGGCUAAGCCGACGGCGACGCACGCUGGGACCGCCGCUGACUGCACCGAAUUCGUGCAGGCCAAGGCUGGCGACGGGUGCUGGUUCAUGUUCACAGCGGCCGGGAUCUCGGCGGAGUUGUUUUACAAGUUAAAUCCCGUGCUGGGGGUCGCGGGAGAGAACUGUGGGACAUAUGUGUGGCCGGACUACUACUACUGCAUCGCGGCGUCCGGCUCCGGGACAGUCCCACUACCGACGACAACUACAGCCGGCCCCGCCAAGCCGACUACGACGCAGGCGGGUAUCGAUGCCAACUGCAACAAGUUCAUGGAGGCUUUUAGCGGCGAUGGGUGCUGGAAGUUGGCUAAUGAUGCUGGUAUCGAGUUGUCUUUGUUUUAUCAGUGGAAUACGGUGGUUGGUGCUAACGGGGAGAACUGCGGCACACAGAUAUGGCCCCAGUACUUUUACUGCAUCGGGGUGAGUAGUUAA